CGGCCGCCCCGCGGUGGCUUCUCCCGGCCGAGAGGAGCCGCCGGGCUGGCCCCCACUCCCUGUCUCCUUGCGGCCCUUGCCCCGGCGCUUCCCGGCAGGGCGGGUGACGGGCCGCUGCGGAGGCCCGGCCUGCGGCCGCGGGGUAUCGGGACUCCCCCGCGAGCCGCUCUGACGCCGCGAACCCGCCCGGUCCCGGGGGUCGGCCCCGGCUGAAGCGGGCUGUGCCCGGCGCGGGCCCGGCCCCGCUGCGGGGCCAGCGGCGCGGGCAGGGCCGGCCGCCUCCCUCCGCUCGUCUGCCGCCGUAGGGGCACUGCCCGCCGGCCCCCCGGUUCUUCCUGCUCCGGUCAGUCGUGCCUUUCUUCUGCAUCUCAAAAUUUCUGCCUCGCCAAGUUGCGCUGUUAUGGCCGUUUUCCUCUGCGAUCACCGCCUUCUCUGAGAACUUCUAAGGCUGACGGUUACAAGAACCGAUCUCUACUCAGAGCUCUUCUUGUUAAAAAAGGGGCAAGCACUUCCUCAUUUUCCUUUACAUCAACUGUACAAAAACUGCAAAAAGUGUUGCCUUUGGCUGGAAUAUAUUUGAUUAGCUAAAAUUGAAUAAUUAUUGUAAAAUACAGCUUUGAUCCUACUUCAAGUGCAUGGAGUUUUGAAGAAGCAUCCCUUUAAAUUUCUAGUUAGACCUUUACUGAAAUCUUCUGGUCUGUUUUUCUAGGAGAAUUUUAGCUAUGAAAGUUCUAAAAUAUUUGAUGUAAGAGGAAGAUACUGUCUUGUCAAAUGUAAGUGCAUCGUUUUUUACAAUUAAACUAUCAAGGAAAAAUGCAACUCUGUCAGAAUCUGCCCCAGUCUAGUUGUAGAAUGAACACAGUUAAAAGCACGUUGGAAUAGACUUGUCUUAAAUUCCCAUUUAUAUCUGAAGUCAUAGUACUGCUAAGAAGAUUUUUCCCAGUGCUUUGCAUGAGGAAGUGCUUUGUUUCACAUUUAUCUUGUAUGUCAAAAAUAUUUCUAGUAAUUGUAAAAAUAUUGUAAUCUUUAUAAAAGUACUAUUGUUAUGAAUAAUUGAAGCAUUAUUCUGGGUUUCAUUUAGAAAGAAGACAGAUGAGACUACAUAAUAAUUAAUCAGAAGGAUAUGCUUAAUUAUCUUAGUAGCUAAGAUAAUUAAGCAAUAUUUCCUAAGGAUGACUCUUUUUAACUGAAACUCUCGGUUUUAUUCACGAGUUCUUAGAGUUGGCUCGCCUUUGCAUGAAGUUGUUUUUUGUGAACUGCCAUUUCUCCAGCUUUGGAAUUUUCUUGAUGUGUCAUUCAGUAUGGGAAAGUGGCAUGGCCAGUGGAACUGUAGGUCACUUUGGUGCCUAUCCUAUGUAAAAUUAAUGAAGGGAUUGUUAUGAGUUUUAUUUGUUUAUCUCUCCUUGUCAAUACUUCUGUCCUUGGUUGGUUGUUUGAUGAUAUUCCCAACCAAGGCUGACUUGAUUCCUUGAAGAGUUUAUUAAUCUGCUUUAUGAAGCAAGGUAUUUCUGCCUUUGUAGAAGUUUGGUCAUCUAGCAGAACAGAAAAUUACUCAAAAACCUUUGAACAGCAGCUUCUUGAUAUGGGAGCAGAAGUUUCAAAAACUUUGAACAAGCACGUGACCCAUGUAGUCUUCAAAGACGGACGUUUGUCUACAUGGAAGAAAGCACAGAAGAUGGGUGUAAAACUAGUUUCUGUACUCUGGGUGGAAAAGUGUCGAGAAACUGGAGUUCAUGUUGAUGAAUCCCUGUUUCCUGCAGUAGACACUAAUGAAGGAUUUCUACUACCAAUCAAAAAACACAAAUGUAUGCAGCCUAAAGACUUGGUUGAAAAACCUCCAGGAAGUAAUAGAAAGCUUCAGAGAAGACUGAACCAAAUGGCUAAAGAGUUAGCUCUACAAAAGACAGCAGUUAAUGCUGAAUUUCUUUGUGCAGAUACAGAUGUACCAGUUUUAUUAUUUGAAGACAAUGGUUCACUUAUAUACAGCCCUGUUAAUAAGAUAAAAGAUCAAUGCAACGAAAUGGAAAGAAGAAUAAAGGAUAUGAAGGAAAAAAGAGAGAAUCUUUCUCCUACUGGUUCACAAAUGACUCAAGCACUUCCAAAUAGCUCACCAGGAGACUGCCCACUUUCUACUUGUAUCUUAACUAAUUCAGAAGAUGAGCUGCUACCUGAAGAGCAAAUGGAAGACUGCUUGAACUCAAGUUGUGAUUCUCUUUGGAGAACUGAGACGUUAAAGGGACAGAGAACAGAGGUAGCAGAGUAUGUCUGUGAUACUCGGACUGAUAUUCAUGUGUCCAUGAGCACAUCAGUGAAUUCUCCAUCACAUGACAAUGAGAAGACGACAUUAGCACCAAAACGACAUGCCAGAAGUUUAACAAAGAAACAGAUUAUACAGCCCAUUUUGGAUGACAGAUUGUCUUUAGGAAAGAAACACUUAAUAUUUCCAAAGAAAAAUCAGAACAACAAGAAGAAUAAGACUACUUCAAUUGCAAAUGAAAGUUCUGUUCUUGAGGGCUUUGGUCAUAUUACUCCUUCCAAAAAAAUAGUCCAGUCAAAUACUGUUCCUGUUUUGAUUGACAGUCUUUCUAAUUCACCUAUGAAUAGUGAAGACUUAAAUGCAUAUUCACUGAAUAAAAGCUUCUCUGUUGACAGAAAUGAUUGUGUUCUUGAAGACAAGAAGAGGAAGAAACGACAAACAUUACCAAAUUUGAAGCUGGCUACCUCAGAACUGGGUGCAUCAGGCUCUAAGGGGUUCUUGCAAGCAGUUACUACGUAUAGCAAGUCUUACUGCACUGAAGAGGCUUCUUAUGAAGACUUCUUUUCAUCAUGUAAUUUAAAUGAAAAUGCAGCACAGAUACAAGUUCCAAAGGAAUCAAAGAAUCCUCCUGAAAUUUGUUGCAAAGACUCUUUUACAAACAUGGCCCUACAGGAUGUGAGUUUCUGUGAGCCACGUAACACUACUAAGAUAAGUAGGAAGACGUCUAUUUCAGUAAAUGAUUUUCCAGUAAAGCAAAAAAUCAAUCUAGCUAAACAUCCAGGAAGCAUACCAUCAAAUAUAUCAGGUGGUGAAAAAGAUCACCCUGGAGAAGCUCUAGAUGCUGAUGAUGUGAACAGGCUACCACAGCAUGCUCAUGAAAAAUCCUACAGUAGUGUAAAUGUCUGUGCUCAUACUACUGGUAAUGAAGAUGAAGAGUGUCACGUUACUGAUGGCUCUUGCAAAAUUUUUAACAAACAAAAGAAUAAACACACUGGGGGCUUAAGAAAAGCUGGAAGACUCCAAAAGCCAACAAGGACGCUAGUUAUGACAAGUAUGUCUUCUGAGAAGCAAAAUACAGUAAUUCAGGUCGUGAAGAAACUUGGAGACUUUUUGGUCUCAAAUGAAGUGUGUGAAACAACAAGUCAUGUAGUUACUGGGAGUCCUCGUCGUACCUUGAAUGUUAUGCUGGGAAUUGCUCGUGGGUGUUGGAUUGUUUCUUAUGAAUGGGUUCUGUGGUCUUUGGAAUUAGGCCAUUGGAUCUCAGAGGAACCAUAUGAGCUUUCAUCCAGCUUCCCUGCAGCUCCUAUCUGCAGGCUUCAGCGUCAUCUAUCAACAGGAAAAUACCAGCAGAAUCUCUUUUCAAACCAGCCUGUCAUGUUUGUAUCUCCUACCAGUCAGCCCCCCUGCAAUCAGCUAAUUGAACUUAUACAGCUGGCAGGAGGGAAAAUAUGUAAAGCCUUACGUCAGGCAAAAAUCUGUAUAGGAAAAAAACCAGGAAAGAAGUACCAGGAAAUAAUAUCUUUAUCAGAAAAAUGGGUAUUAGAUUCAAUCACUCAAUAUACAAUAUGUCCUAUGGAAAACUACAUUUUUUAGAUGUGAGCUAACUCAAGAGUUUCCAUAUGGUUGUAACGAAACACGCCUAACUUGGAUUCGACAAAAAAAUAAGCUGUGAAGGAAAUUUUGGAGAAAAUGCAAGUUACAGACUUAUAAGUACAGAGGAUCAAUUACUGUAUUUUUAAGAUUUGUGCAAGUGUUCAUCUUGUGAAAUUUUUAUAUUUUGAAAUAAAGUAUUUCCCUAAUAAAA